AUGCGCUACACCCAGGAGGAUGUGGUUUUACAGACUAUUAACACUCCAGAAAACGUGGACAUCACUCUGAAGGGACACACUGUUAUUGUGGAGGGCCCCAGGGGCACCCUGUGGAGGGUCUUCAAUCACAUUAAUGUAGAACUCGGCCUCCUUGGAAAAAGAAAGAGGCUCCAGGGUGACGAAUGGUGGGGAAACAGAAAGGACCUGGCUAUCGCUGGCACUAUCUGUAGUCACAUACAGAACACGAUCAAGGGUGUCACACUGGGCUUCCGUUACAAGAUGCGGUCUCUGAACUCUCACUUCCCCGUCCACACUAUCAUUCAAAAGAAUAGUCUUCUUGUUGAAAUCCAAAUUUUCUUGGGCAAAAAAUAUAUCCGCAGGGUUCGGAUGAGGCCAGGCGUUGCUUGUUCACUAUCUCAAGCCGAGGAAGAUGAGCUAGUUCUUGAAGGAGGUGGCAGUGAACGUGUAUCAAACUCAGCUGCUUGGAUUCACGAGCCACAACAGUUAAAAACAAGGAUAUCAGAAAAAUUUUUGGAUGGUAUCUAUGUUUCUGAAAAAGGAACAGGUCAGCAGACUGAUGAAUAAGAUCUAAGUUAUCCAGCUACAGAAACAGCAAGUCUGUGUCUAAGCUCAGGCUGCCAUAACAAAUACCACAGACUAUGUAGCUUAUACAACAAACAUUUAUAUAGUUCUGCAGGCUGGCAAGUCCAAGAUCAGAGCAUCAGUAGAUCCAGUGUGUGGUGAGAGCCCACUGUCUGGCUUGCAGACAGCUGCUUUCUCGUAUCCUCACAUGGCGGAGAGCAGACAGGAAGCAAACUCUCAUGUCUCUUCUUAUAAGGGUACUAAUCCCAUUCACAAAGGUUUCAUGCUCAUGACCUAAUUACCAGCCAAAGGCCCCACCUAAUACCAUCACAUUGGGGGUUAGGAUUUCAACAUAUGAAUUUUAAGGGGACACAAAUAUUCAGUCCAUAACAGUCCAAUUUAUCUGGUUUUUUUUUCUUUUGUUGCUUGUGAUUUUGGUGUCAUACCUAAGAAACCAUUGCCAAAUCCAAGGUCAUGAAGAUUGACCCCUAUGUUUUCUUCUAAGAUUUUUAUAGUUCAGCUCUUACAUUUAGGUCUUUGAUCCAUCUUCAGUUGAUUUCUGUAUACGGUGUGGGGUAAGGGUUUAACUUCAUUAUUUUGCAUACAGAUAUACAGUUGUCUCAGGAUUAUUUUUUCCCCUAUUGCAUGGCCUUGGCACCCUUGUGGAAAAAAAAAUCAAUUAACCAUAUAUGUAUGAGUUAAGUUCUGGAUUCUCAAUUCUAUUCCAUUGACCUAUCCAUUGUCUAUCCUUAUGACAGUACCACACUGUCUUAAUUACUGUAGCUUUGAAAUAAGUUUUGAAAUUAAUGAGUCUUC